CCGCUGUGGCUAUGCAUCGACUGAGAGUGAGGUACCAUUGGAGGUGGCGGGGGUGGUGGGUUCGAUGCAUCGUCGGCAACAUUGGCUGAGCGGCUGGGUGAGUCGGCGUAAGCAUGCCGGCCUAUAAUCAUCGGUAUUGCGACGGUACACGCCGGGUGACCGAGACCGCGACAUCGACCGAGGCAUUUGGCGUGCCGGGCUUGGUCCGCGCGGCUCAGCAUAAUCGGCUGGUCUUGGCGGUCUGCUUCUACUUCCGCUUGCCUCACGCGAACGGGACCGGCGGACAGGGCUGCCAGCGCGUUCCUCAGGCGACCGUGCACCGCCUGCCUCAUACCGAUCAUACCUCCCACUAUAGUGUCGACGGUCGCCGCGGUACGGUUCAGGGCUGUGCGGUGUACUACCUAUAUAGCGGGAUGAGUAGCCGCGAUCAUACCGGCUGUUGUAGUAUCUGCCGCCGCGGUAGUCACGGCGGUCUGGAUACUCCUCAUAGCGUUUGUUGCGCUCAUAGUCGCGGUAUCCAGGCGCUCUACGCCCGGGGUCCUGUGACUCAAACUCGCCGUAGCGACCUCGGCUGCGGCUACGGUCGCGGAAUGCUGGUCGCCCACGGCUACGGCUACGCGCCGAGUACAUUGGGUCUCGGUUGUAGUGGCUCUGGCUAUGGCUGCGACUGCGGUCACGGUCACGGUCGCGGAUCACGGUCUGAUCCUGACGCACGCACGCUGUAUUGGGGCUCAGCGGGCUUUGGAGGUUCCUCAUCCGCUACCCCCUCGACGUGCUCUCCUUCUUCGAGAUCAUCUGGAUCCACUGCCUGUCCCGGCUCGAUUGAAGGAUUGGGUGCUACCGUGGGUGCGGUGGUAGUCUCCGCAGGCUUGUCAACAGUACUGGGCACUGCUGUGUCGGCUGCUGUGCUCCGAGGUGUUGGUUGCGCAAGCGGCGGUGCCCCAGCCGGCUCCUCCCGCUCCCCGCCUCUUGCGCGCACCCUCGACCUGAGUUCCUCAAUUGCCCUUUCCUUGUCCAUAUCCCGUCGGGCCAAGUCCUCUCCGUCCGGCUCCUCCCUCCCGUACCCGCCCCGGUAGUACCUGCCUGCCUCCCUCCGGCGGUAUCUUCCAGGAUCGCGCUCAAACCGCUUGUAAUACCUCGGCGCAUACUCUCUGUCGUUAUACCGACGCCCGCUGUACCCGCCCCGGUGCUCUUCCUCCUGGCGGUAUCCGUCCCGCCGCUGUGCAUCGUAGUACGCGCGCCGUGAUGCAUCACGUUCGCCAGACCGCGACCGCGACCGGUUGUCGCGCCGAUAGUACUCGUCUUCGGGGCGCUGUGCCCAGCCUUGGCCAGGCGAACGCGGC